CUUCUACGCAUUAUAUCUAUGUAAUGUGAAUGGUUCAAUCCUUUCUAAAUUAAUUAGUUUUGAAGACCACUUCUGUUUAUCGAAAAUGUUCAAUGAAAUAAAAAUGAGCUUCAAAGAACCGAAAAUCAAUUCAUCUCAUCCUCCUAGGGACUCGUGCCUGGAAAAAACUUUAAGUGAAAAACCGCUGAUCCGUAUUCAAUCCAUGCCACAAUCCUGCGAAAAGCCUAACAAUCGAGUCAAACAAACCCACGACGUACUCUCGGAAAAAGAGCGAAGUUGUACUGGCUUUCCUCAAAAUAAACGACAUUUUGAAAUUAAAUCAAAUGAAGUGAUACAAAGGGACUACUCAUUCAAUCUUAGAAUUCAGACAACUUACCAACGACACUUUAAUAAUACGGCUGACGUGAGAUUGGGAUAUUGUAGCAACAGACCGAUUGAGGAGCGUCAUCGAUAUUUCAAAGGAUGUCAAAGGUUUCAAGAUCACGCAUUACAAAUGAUAAAGUUACGGAAUGCUUCUUCCGCUGGAAAGUAUAAAAGUAACAAAUCACAAAGAAUAUCGGAAUAUAUGGCUGAGACGAGUCACAUCGGAGGUGCGAUCAUGAAAAGCGGUAUUCAUAAUCAUUUAAAAUGUGCUAACAAGAAUUGCACUCAUUUUAUUACUUUUCGAUAAACUGGAUUCGA